AUGCAGAUGCUAGUUCUGGACUCAUACGGCGGAGAUUCGGAUCCUAAGGAUCAUCUCCUGUAUUUCAACACAAAGAUGGUGAUCAGCGUGGCGUCGGAUGUGGUGAAGUGUAGGAUGUUCCCUUCAACAUUCAAGUCGACGGCGAUGGCAUGGUUCACAACUUUGCCGCGCGGUUCGAUUUCGAAUUUUUGUGACUUUUCCUCGAAGUUCUUAGGGCAAUUUUCCGCGAAUAAGAUUCAGCAAGGGACGAUAAACGAACGGUAUAACAUUCGCCAGCGAGAGGGUGAAUCUUUGAAGAAGUAUAUGGCGUGUUACAGUGCAGCGUCGGUAAAGGUAGAGGAUGAGGAACCGCGUACUUGCGCUCUAGCGUUCAAGAACGGUUUGUUACCUGGUUCGUUGAACAACAAACUGAGUAGGAAGCCAGCCCGAUCCAUGGCGGAAAUGCUCUCUCGGGCUAGUACAUAUAUCCUGGACGAGGAGGACGAUGCAUUCAAGCGCAAACGUGCAAGAAUGGAAAAAGACAGGGCACCGACCAAGCAUUCGGGAAAAGACAAGUAUAGUAGUGAGAGGGGCGAAGGAAGUUGGUGCAAGGAGGAAAAGGGGAAGUUGGCGGCAAAGCCAACUAGAGAGCAGCUGUACCCGCUGAGAGAAGAUUAUGAGCGUCGUCGUCCUUGGCAGUCGCAGAGGUAUCCACACCGGCGAGAUGAGGCAGAUAUGGUGCUUAACACAAACCUUACAGAUAUGUUUCGCGAGGCUAAGGCUGCAAGUUUAGUUGAUGAACCCGAGGCGCCAAGGUACCAACCGCGGGGCGCAGAUCCGAACAAAGGGUGUAAGUAUCACCCUUCGAUAGGGCACGACACCGACAGUUGCUGGACUUUAAGACAGGGCAUUUCAAGCGAUACGGUCGGAGAGAUGAUCGCCAACGCGAUGACCAUCAAUAUGAUGAUCACCGGCACGAUGAUCGCCGGGGCAGUGAGCGAAGACAUGAUGAUCCGGCGGAAGAACAGAAAAAGGAAACGCAGGCGGUCCAUGAGACCCCUUUUGGAUUUGAGCACCCAGACAUUACGAUCUCGAUGA